AUGGACAAAUCAUGGAUUGAUAUGCCGCGAAAUUCAGUUGAAUAUCUACACGGGUUAGAUAAGUUCCUAGAUUUUGCAUUUGAGAAACGGUCUAUCAAUGGCGCAAUCAAGUGUCCAUGCCCUAAAUGCGGUUUUAAUAAAUGGGAAACAAAAGGUACUGUGCGUGAUCACUUGAUUUGCAAGCAAUUUCCAAAAAAUUACAAAGUUUGGAUAUGGCAUGGUGAAACAUAUGAAACAGUGAUGUUAAGUGACACUCAAGUAAUAGAAGAGCCAUUACAAAAUGAAAACCCAGUACUAGACAUGAUAAAUGAAGCAUUUGGGGUCAACAAACAACAUGCAUCACAACCCACCACUUCACCUGAAUCGAUGGUGUCCGCACAUAACAUGCCUGAUGAAGAACGCAAAGAUGUUACUGACUUGAUUAGAGAUGGUAGCCAAGAAUUGUAUGAAGGGUGUCAGAAGUAUUCAAAAUUAUCUUUUUUGUUAAGAUUGUACCACAUAAAGUGCCUAUGUGGUGUAACUGACAAGGCAAUGACAUUAAUAUUGGAAUUGCUAAAAGAUGCAUUUGAAUAUGCAAAAAUUCCUGAUUCAUUCUAUGAGGCAAAAAAGAUCAUCUACAAACUUGGUCUUAAUUAUAACAAGAUAGAUGCUUGUCCAAAAAAUUGCAUGUUGUUUUGGGGUGAAGAUGAAAAAUCGGAGAUAUGCAAACAUUGUAAAACUUCUAGAUGGAAGUCAAAGGGUAAGGAAAAAGGAGAUAAACCGACUAUUGGUAGAAAAAAGCUGCCGGCAAAGGUUUUGCGUUACUUUCCAUUGAAACCAAGGUUGCAAAGGUUAUUUAUGUGUUCUAAAACAGCAAAGUCCAUGAGAUGGCAUGCUUUGGCGAAUAACCCAGAUGGAUUAUUGAGGCAUCCAAGAGAUGCAGAAGCCUGGAAGAGUUUUGACCAACUUCACCCUGAAUUUGCUUCGGAAUCGCGAAAUGUCCGCCUUGGUCUAGCCACUGAUGGUUUUAAUCCUUAUGGAAUCAAGAGUAACAACUAUAGCAUAUGGCCAGUGAUCUUAAUUCCAUAUAAUCGUCCUCCUUGGGAGUGCAUGAAGCAAACUUCCUUAAUUCUUUCUAUGAUCAUUCCGGGUAAACGAAUGCCGGGGAAUAAUAUAGAUGUGUACUUACAACCUCUAAUCAAGGAGUUGAAUGAGCUAUGGAAUGAAGGUGUGGAAACCUAUGAUUCUUCUAUGAAUGAAGUGUUUAGAAUGAAAGCAGCUCUUAUAUGGACAAUUAGUGACUUUCCUGGGCUUGGUAUUUUAUCAGGGUGGAACACUUACACUAAAUUUGCUUGCCCAACUUGUAAUAUUGAUGCAACCUCAUGUCGAUUAAAAUAUAGCAAAAAAUGGUGUUUUAUGGGUCAUCGACGAUUUUUAGAGAGGGGUCAUAAAUUUAGAUUGAUGAAGAAGCACUUUGAUGGUACAAUUGAAGAAAGGGAUCCGCCUAUAAUGUUGUCUGGAUCAGAGAUUCUGAAGCAACUUGAUGAUAUCAAUGUAACCUUUGGAAGCAACCUUGAGUCAAAUAGUAGAAGGAAACGAGGUCGUUCAGAAGAUAGACCAAAACAAUGGAGAAAGAAGAGCAUAUUCUUUGAUCUUCCUUAUUGGAAGGGUAAUCUUUUACGCCAUAAUCUAGAUGUAAUGCAUAUUGAGAAGAAUGUGUGUGAUAAUGUGUUAUAUACCUUAAUCAAAGAUGACAAAUCAAAGGAUCAUCAUGAAGCUCGCCAAGAUCUAAAACAUAUGGGAAUAAAACAAGAUCUUUGGCCACUUGAAGAUGGAAAAUUUCUUCCUUUAUUAUUUACAAUGACAAGAGAGCAAAGAAAGAUAUUUCUCACAACGUUGAAGAAUGUAAAGAUGCCAGAUGGUUACUCAAGUAAUAUAUCUCGUUGCAUUGAUGACAAAAAUGGUAAGAUAUUUGGUUUGAAGAGUCAUGAUUGUCAUAUUAUCAUACAACAUUUGCUUCCAAUAGCUAUACGCUAUGUUUUGCCUGAUGCGGUGACUGCGGUGUUGGUAGAGUUAUCUGCAUUUUUCAAAGAAUUAUGUUUUAAAAGAUUGAAUGUCUCGGACCUUGAUAAGUUGCAACAUCGAAUUGUGCUCACUCUUUGCCAUUUGGAAAUCCUCUUACCCCCAUCGUUCUUCACGGUGAUGGUCCAUUUAACUUGUCAUCUUGUUCAAGAAGUAAAAUUAGGAGGCCCAGUAUAUUACCGCUGGAUGUAUCCAAUUGAGAGGGUAUUAGGGCAUUUUAAGUCCUUUGUACGGAAUAGGGCACAACCAGAAGGUUCUAUAAGUGAAGCUUAUUUAGCCGAAGAGACGCUGAAUAUGUAUUCACAAUAUGAAGAAGUUGAGUCAAGGAUAAAUAGAGGUCGACGUGUUGAUGAUCGUCCAAAUGAUAAUGAAAUAUCUCGAAUGUCCUCUAUCUAUCCUCAAUUGGGUAGACCGGUGGGAAGUUCAUCAGCUUUCACUCUUACUCCAUUAGAGAAAAUACAAGCACAUCGAUAUUUGUUGCUGAAUUGUUCAGAAAUCCUUCCAACCUUCAUUAAGAGGAGGGCAAAAAGGCGAAGACCUUCGACUACAGAGAUUGAAAGGAUAGUUACUAAAGAAUUUGCAAAUUGGUUUCCUCAACGGGUUAUGAAUCCCGACAUUAUAAAUUCAGUGUCAGAUCAAUUAAAGUUUUUGGCAAGGGGUCCAUUGCUGCAAGCACGAAGAUAUACUGCUUAUAACAUCAACGGGUUCAAGUUUAGGACUUUAGAUAGGGAUAAGGGUUUGAAAACUCAAAAUAGUGGAGUUUUUCUAACUUCAAACACAUCAUGUGUUGCAAGUAAUGCUGAUGCAAAUUUGAGGAGGGCAGAUUUGCCAUACUAUGGAAAGUUGGAAGAUAUAAUUGAGCUCAACUAUUACGGAUUUUUCAAAGUUACCCUAUUUAAGUGUAAAUGGGCAGAUACCACACGAGAUAGAGGAAUUAGAAAGGAUGCUUGGCAAUUUACUUCAGUGAACUUUUCCCAAUGCAUUCACACUGGUGAACGUGAAGAGCAUGACCCCUAUAUUGAAGCUUCACAAGCACAAUUAGUGUAUUACGUGGAUGAUGAGGUAAAUAAAGGUUGGAGUGUUGUUGUGCACAUGAUGCCAAGGGAUUUAUAUGAUAUGGGAGAAGUUACAGAAGAUGUCAUAUGUGAGACUGAGCCAUACCAAGAGCAAGACUUAAGCAAUUUAUUUUCAAAUGAAGCUGGCAGCAUAACAUUGGCUAGGGAGGAUGUAGAUAAUGAAUUCAUAACUAUAUGUAAUACUGAAAGUCAACUUCAUGGAGAAGAAAAUAUGUCUCAGUAA